AUGGAAGACUGUUGGCAAUGGAAGGGUGAACACUCUGGUAUCUAUUCAGUCAAGAGUGCCUAUCGUAUUACUCAAGAGUUGAAAGGGGUUGUUCAUAGUGAUAAUAAUUCUGGUUUCUGGAAGGAUUUAUGGAAUCUAAAAAUUCCACCUAAAGUGAAGGACCUUAUCUGGAGGGCUGCUUCAAAUUGUCUCCCAACAAGGUUCCAACUUGGCUAUCGCAAGAUAACCCUCCCUUCUUCUUUAUGUCCAAUAUGUUCACGUUAUGCGGAAACCAUUCCCCACUGUCUGGUGGGCUGCUCUUUCGCCAUGGCUUGCUGGUGGUUUGCUGGUUUACCAGUUGUUGCAAUCGGGGACAACUCGUUUGGUGGGUGGCUGCAAGACCGUUUUAAAGUUUGGGGGGACGAUAUGAGGCAUAUGGCGGUUAUGGUGUGCUGGGCAUUAUGGCAGGUUAGAAAUGAGAAAGUUUGGAAGGAUACAAAUAGAUCUGUGAAAGAAGUUAUCGCGUUGGCUAGAGGUAAUUUUGAUCAAUGGAGAUAUGCUCAUGAUAAAACAUUCAUUCCCUCUCUGUUAUUGCUACAUCCAGGGGAAGGGGCUGAGCAUUGGUCCACACCAGGGGGAAACAAGAUCAAAAUCAACAUUGAUGCAGCUGUCUUUCCUGAUCUCAAUACGUUUGGCUAUGGUUGGGUGGUUAGGGAUGCCUCUGCUACUCUUCUCAGUGCUCAUACAGUGAGCAAAGUUGGGAAUAUUGAUCCUAUUCUUGCUGAGGCGAUUGGUGUAAGGGAGGUUCUGAGUUAG